AUGUUGCUCCCGCGGGCACACCGUCUUGCUCGCCUACCCUUCCUCACAGCUCGAUCAUAUGCUUCCUCAUCUACUCAUUCCACCAUUAAUCUUCAACUAACUUCCAGUAACAACAAGUGGGUGCCUUCCUCGACCCAGGAGACCUUCCCCACAUACAACCCCGCAACUGGCAAGCCCAUUGCCAGUGUCGCCCAUGCAUCCUCGGCCGACGUCGACGCCGCUGUGGACGCUGCGAGGACCGCCUUCAACACGACAUGGGGCAUGAACGUUGAUGCGACGGAACGAGCAGCGCUCAUCAACAAGCUUGCCGACCUCAUCGAGCGUGACGCCAGCAGGCUGGCCGCUCUCGAGAGGUACGCUACCUGCUCGAUGUCUGAAGCUGACCACAGUCUGAACUCUGGCAAGGGUGUCCGAAUUGCUCGCCUGCCAUACAACUACCCGAUCAUGAUGAUGGCGUGGAAGUGUGCGGCCGCGCUCGCUGCGGGAUGCACGAUCAUUGUGAAACCGAGCGAACUCACGCCCCUGACUACGCUGGCGAUCUGUGAUCUGGCAAAGGAGGCUGGUUUUCCUCCGGGCGUGCUCAACGCCCUCCCGGGUCUGGGCGGUACGACAGGCAGCGCCAUCGCCUCCCACAUGGGCAUCGAUAAAAUCUCGAUUGCCGCUGCAUCGUCCAACCUGAAGAAGGUCACGUUGGAGCUCGGCGGCAAGUCGCCCCUCAUCGUGUUCAACUCUGCCGAUGUGAAGCAGGCCGCGGACUGGACCGCCAUGGGCGUGUUCUACAACACUGGGCAGGACUGCACGGCCAGUAGUCGCGAGGAAAACUUUGACGAGUACGUGGUCGAACUGAAGCAGAGGGCAGAGGCUUGCGCCAUCGGUCAACCGUAUGAGGAGGCGACCUCCAUGGGACCAUUGCGAGACAAGGUCCGAUCCUACAUCCAGUCCGGACUCGAUGAGGGCGCCACGAUCGUGACUGGCGGUCUUGAGCCUUGCGGUCCCGAAGGCGACGACGUCGGGUACUGGCAGCGACCCACGAUCUUCACGAACACGCGCCCAAACAUGCGGAUAGUCAGGGAAGAGAUCUUCGGUCCCGUGGUCUGUGUCAUUCCCUUCAAGACCGAGGAGGAAGCACUUCACCUCGCCAACGACACCGAGUUUGGCCUGGGAGCGGGCGUCUUCACGACCGACAUUACUCAGGCGACUCGCGUCAGUGGCAAGCUCGAGGUGGGCACCGUCUGGAUCAACCAGUACGGUCUUCUCAACAACUCGGUGCCCUUUGGAGGAUUCAAAUCCAGUGGGAUCGGGCGCGAGCUCGGCACCUACGGGCUGCAGGAGCAUCUCCAGGUCAAGGGAGUACACUUGAAUCUGACGCAGACUGUAGACUGGCCGAUAUGA